GGUUGACCUCUUAUUGAAGACCGUUAAAUAGCCGCCGGCGUUAAAGUCAGUUGUAUAUUCCCCACUGUCUAACAGGCUCCACCACAAUGCUGUUGUUGCCAGUUAUUUCGCUGCUUCUGGUCGUGUCAGUCCCCGAGGUCGAGCUCCUGUCGAAACCAGAGAGAACUACCCGAUGCAGAUUAGGCUCCGACUGUGACACAGACGAAUGCUGCGUUAGCACAUUCCCGCAAAUCGGCAGGAAGAAGAGAUCCUUAUUCUCCCGUUCGGGAGUUUGUCAACACCUCCAGACAGUUGGCCAAGGAUGUUUGACGAAGUAUAACUCGGGUCAACCGAAUGGCAUUGUUUCCCAGUGUCCUUGUGAAGCUAACCUUGAAUGUGUCGGAAACGGUCUUUUCGUCGUACCACAGGAUGAAACAGGAACUUGUCAAGCCAAGAAAGUAACGUGCAAAUCUGGUGCCGACUGCGGCCCUGGCGAGUGUUGUAAGGGUAACGAUCAGGUGAAGGGCAGGAAGAAGAGGCAGAUUGGUGGCAGCGUCGGAGUCUGUACACCUCUCCAGACCAGUGGAGGAAGUUGUCUGACGCAAUAUGGUUCCGGCAAGCAAAGCUCAAUUGUCCCGAGGUGCCCGUGUGUGACGUCCCUCACGUGCCAGUCAACGGGGGUGAUCACAGUGCCCCUGGGGGAAGAAGGUAUCUGCGUCUGAUCACUUUCCAACCAGAGUCCUCCGUCAAACAGCAGCAGUUAAAUGGAUUCAAAAUGUUCCCUGUGUUUCUCAACGUUUCUAAAAAUGUCAAGCUUAAGAUAAAAAUAAAACUCUUUAUGACCGGCCCUAGUGUUUAUGAAUAUCAGUUUCCAGUAUAGUUUAAAUGAAUAAAAUCUUUUUCUGUCAA